AUGUGGCUCUGGUUUUUGUUCAUUGUUUUUAUCAUUGUUAAAUGCAAUGGUAAUAAUAAAACAAAUUCUACUCGUCUGCUCAGUGUACUUCAACGACCACAAGAAUAUCAAAAUAUUAGUAAAUUAAGUGCUCUUCAAUUUCCAUUCGAUCUAGUCGGACAAAUUACACAUGUUAGUAUUGAUACAUUAACAGUACGAACACGAUAUAAUGGAACAACACGUAUUAAAUUAGCAUGUAUCUAUACAACAAAUAUUUGGAAAGCAGCUUUUUUACGGAAACAUCCUCUUGAACCACUUACUUAUAAACCAUUAGAAACAUUUGUUAAACUUAAUGAUCUUGUUCGUGUACAUGUUAUUGAUCGUUCAAUACAUUCACCAGGAGCUUAUGUUUUUGGUGAAAUAUUUAAUUUAGCUAAAAAUAAUUUAAAUAUUAAUAAAGAACUUGUACGACGUGGUUUAGCUGAAUCAGCACCAACAACACUUUCAUCAUGCGAUUCAGAAUAUUUUCUUCUUGCUCAAGAACAACCUCAACAAUCAGAUAAUCGUUUAGGAUCAUCACGUGAUCGACGCUCAGUUCCACAACAUUGUGCAUCACCACGUUCAGAAAUUGAACAAGAAGAAUGUCAACAUGUUAUUGAUGAUAGACAGUAUAAUUAUAUGACGAUAUUAGUUAGUACGGUUGCUAUUAUUGCUUUUAUUGCAAAUUUUGAAGCUUGA